GGGGAAGACAGACCAGGGCGCGGGCUGGGACAACCACCGCGACAGCCGCCAGGACAGCAGUGAAGGCGCACGCGAGCGAGGGGUCCCAGGCAGGCCUAGCGGGCCGUGAGCGGGUCUGCAGGCCAGAGGGCACCUUGUGCAAACAUGUCUGGGGAUGCCUUGUCCAACAAAGCCCUGAAGGUCAAGCGCGAGCUGAGCGAGAACACGCCGCACCUGUCAGACGAGGCGCUGAUGGGGCUGUCGGUGCGCGAGCUGAACCGGAACCUGCGCGGGCUCUCGGCGGAGGAGGUCACGCGGCUCAAGCAGCGGCGCCGCACGCUCAAGAACCGCGGCUACGCGGCCAGCUGCCGCGUGAAGCGCGUGUGCCAGAAGGAGGAGCUGCAGAAGCAGAAGUCGGAGCUGGAGCGCGAGGUGGACAAGCUGGCGCGCGAGAACGCCGCCAUGCGCCUGGAGCUCGACGCGCUGCGCGGCAAGUGCGAGGCGCUGCAGGGCUUCGCGCGCUCCGUGGCCGCCGCCCGUGGGCCUGCUGCGCUCGUGGCGCCCGCUAGCGUCAUCACCAUCGUUAAGUCCGCGCCUGGUCCUGGGUCUGGCUCCGCCCCCAGCCCGGACCCGGCCCCCGCCGGCUGCUCCUAG